AUGACUUGGAUUUCACUGCCAAAGCACAGUGAGGGUUACAGUAAUGGUGCCACACAUUUUGUUAGGAAUGCGUUUGAUAAUUUCUCCAUAGGAAAUGAAUUACGCUGCCCUUGCAAAGAUUGCAGUAACCGUUUCCGGAUUUCUCCGGACAAUGUAUAUGAACAUCUCGUGUUUAAUGGUCCUUGUCCAUCAUUUAGUAAUUGGAUAUUUGAAGUGUCAACCGACAAGUUUAGAAAGCCUAAUGAUGUAGGGAUGGAUGAUUCUGAUAUGUGUAUAGGCCUAGGUGAUGAUUUUGAUGAAAUGAUUCGCAAUGAAGGUAGAGCUAGAAAUGGAAUGAAUAAAGCUGCAAAAGACUUCUAUAAGCUUGUUCAGGAAGGGAAACAACCUCUGUUUCCCGGGUCUGAAAAUUUCACGCAAUUAGGCUUCAUAGUCAGACUUUACCAAUUAAAGUGCAGUCAUGGUUUUACCGAGUCUGCAUUCAGCGGUAUUUUACAAUUGUUGAAGGAAGCUUUCCCGAAUGUAAACCUGCCUUCUUAUUUUAGUGUUGCCAAAAAAAUGAUUAGAGAUUUAGGCCUUGAUUAUGAAAAGAUACAUGCUUGUCCGAACGAUUGCAUGUUAUAUUGGUCUGAAAACAAAGAUGAAAUUAAGUGUAAAUUUUGUGGGGCGUCAAGGUGGGUAGUCCCUAAGAAAGAUAGCCGUGCACCUUUUUCUACUAAAGUACAAGAAAACAGCUCUAAGAUUCCCGCAAAAGUCUUGAGAUACUUUCCACUAAAACCAAGGUUGCAACGGCUUUUCAUGUGUAAAGAGUAUUCUGAACUCAUGAAGUGGCAUGCAGUGGGGCGAACAAAAGACGGAAAGUUAAGGCACCCAGCGGAUGCAGAGGGGUGGAGGUCAAUGGAUGCUAGUCAUCCAAAAUUUGCAGCAGAAAUUCGAAAUGUGAGGUUAGGAUUAGCUGCAGAUGGUGUCAAUCCUUACCGAUCAAUGAAUAUAAGUCACUCCACCUGGCCAGUUGUUCUGGUCAAUUAUAAUCUUCCUGCUUGGUUGAUUAUGAAACCAGAAAAUUUGAUUUUAUCAACACUAAUCCCGGGUCCUGAGUACCCUGGUAACGACAUAGAUGUGUAUUUGCAGCCACUGGUUGCAGAGUUAAAAGAAUUAUGGGACAUAGGUUUAGAAACUUAUGAUUCCCACGCUGACCAGACCUUUACGUUGCACGCGAGUCUAUUAUGGACCAUCAAUGAUUUUCCGGGGUAUGCAGUUUAUUCGGGGUGGAGCACGAAAGGUAAGUUAGGUUGUCCCAAUUGCCACUAUUGUACUUCUUCAACCUAUUUGAAACAUAGUCGAAAAGUUGUCUACAUGAAUCAUAGAAAGUUCCCUCCUCCUGGCCACAAGCUUAGGUACGACUGUAAAAGAUUCAAUGGUAUGGUCGAAACAGAUGUUUCUCCACCUCCAUUGUCUAGAAUGGACAUUGAAGAACUGUUAUUUGGGUAUGAGAAUUGUUUCGGAAAGCGAGAUUUAAAGAAAAGGAAACGAGAGACAGGGUGUCCCUUUAAAAAGAAGUCCAUAUUUUUUGAAUUACCAUAUUGGAGGGAAAACCUGGUUAGGCAUAAUCUAGAUCUAAUGCACAUAGAAAAAAAUAUUUGUGAUAAAAUAUUAGGGACUCUGUUGAAUCUUGGCGGUAGGACGAAAGAUCAUCUCAGUGCUCGAAAAGAUCUACAGGAAAUGGGUAUUCGUAAGGCUCUUCACCCUAUCAGAAUUGGUGAUACCAAUCAAUAUGAAAUCAGGGCCGCAAUUUUUGACAUGACUAAAAAAGAAAAGGAGCUUUUCUGCUCAGUUUUCAAGAAUGCAAAGCUUCCACAUGGAACUACAUCUAAUAUUAGUCGAUGCGUACAUAUUGCUGAAAGAAAGAUAUUUGGGUAUAAAAGUCACGAUGCACACUUUAUGCUUCAGUAUUUACUACAAUUUGCUGUCGUGAAGACCUCAAAACCAGAGGUUGCAGUGGCUUUGCUGAGAUUGAGUGCUUUUUUUAGGGGUUUAUGCGGCAAAGUGAUUGACCUGGAGGAUAUUCCUAAGUUGCAAGAGGAAAUAAUUGAAAUCCUCUGUCAGUUAGAAACAAUCUUUCCACCUGCCUUUUUCGACAUCAUGGUUCACCUUCCAGUUCAUUUGUGUAAGGAACUGGAAUUUGGAGGACCAGUGCACCUUAGAUGGAUGUUCGGAAUUGAGCGAUACCUGUGCAAAUUGAAAUCUUAUGUCCGCAAUAGGAGUAAACCGGAGGGGUCCAUGGCUGAAGGGUAUUUGGCAGAUGAGUGUAUCACGUUUUGUUCUAGAUUUCUAAAUGACACUAUCAAAACUAAGAAUGAACAGAACAUACAUGUUGGAUACUCAAUUGGGUCAAGAAGAAACAAAGAUGGUAAAUCAGUAGAGUUGGAAGACAAGGAUUGGAUUAAGGUUCAUCGAUAUGUGCUUUUCAACUGUGGAAACAUAGAAAUUGAAAAGCUACUUGGAUUCCAUACCAAGAAAAGAGAUGCCAAGUGUACUACACAAAAUAGCGGUGUCAUUUUGACAGCACUAACCACCUGUUUUGCGAGUUCUAAAGAUAAAAAUCCAACAAUUGGGGAUGUUACUUACUUUGGAGCAAUCGAAGAAAUUAUUGAAGUAGAUUAUUGGGGAGCAAUCACAGUAGUUCUAUUCAGAUGUUGUUGGUAUGAAAAGGAUAAGGACUGUUAUGGCCUUACACGCGUCAAUUUCUCUAAAAAUAUUCAAAAGGAUGAUCCUUUUGUUCUAGCUACUCAAGUACAACAAAUUUUCUAUAUUCAAGAUUGUAUUGAAAAUAAUCUGCAUUUUGUUGUAAAGAAAUUACCUAAGGAGUACGAUAAUAUAGGCAUCGAAACUGAUGUCUUGGAGGAUGUUUAUGGACCCACUGUGCAUGAUACAGGAUUGAACUUUAAAAUGCAGAUACAACGUGAUGAUGUUAGUUGGUGCAGGGAUGACAUGUCAGGUGAAAUGUGCCGUGAAUCGUUUAGUGGAGAUGAAGCUGAUGAUGAAGAUAUUGAAUGA